AUGGACACAACCGGAUGGUCCCCAGCCUCGCCGCUUGAUCAGCCGGGCAAUCACAACCUAGAGGCCUUUGUGGGACAUGCACAGGAAGUAGGUCCCGAGGUGUCGCCAUACGCAAGUCCGACAUGCAAUGUCUACUUCGAGAGUGGCCAGCCCUUUCGGGUGCCUAGCAACCUUCUUUGUCAAGAACUUGAGAACAUACGUCUUCGAAGCCAUGGCGAAAUACGAUUGAAGCAUAUACCAGAUGAUGCAGGCCAUGUACUCAUCCACUUUCUCCAUACGGGAUCAUGGCAAACCUUGCGGGCCAAAGAUUCCAGCGACACACCGAAGAAUGCCAGUUAUCUUGGAACCAGUCUAUAUGUGUAUGCCGCUUCGCAGGCAUACAAGAUUCCACUGCUAGCCGAGCUUGCCAAAGAACACAUUUCCCUCUCCGCUGAGACUUUACCUGCCCUGGAGGUUCUUUCUCUAGCUUCAGAUGCUUGUCACUCUCUCGGAGAAGAUGACACAUGGUUCUCAGCAUUCAUUAAGCGACGUAUCCGUCACCUAUUCGAAGACUCAUCUUCGUUGAACAAAGCCGGUCUCUUAGGGUGUUUCGACAACGCAACAACAUACUCUAAGCUGUUAGUAAAGAGCUUGAUCGAAAUUUGCUGCGAUUACUCGAUUUCCGUCAAUCCAAGCGAGUCUCAACCGUCGCCUCGGAUUGGACCCACGGUCACGUCCAAGCCAGUUCCUGUUCCUUGGUCGGAGACAGCUGAGCCAGAAGUGGACCUGAGCGGUGAAUUGACCCUGGAAUCAGCCCUGGGAAACAGUCUGACAUCGACCUCGAAGAAAGACAAGAAAAAGAAGAAGAAGGCUAAGAAGUUGGACGAGACCCUUGCUGAGUCUGACAUGGCGAGUCCCAGAGAUGCUGCAGAGUACGUGACCAACGGCCGGCAUUGA